CAUUUCAAGUCGUCGGUGCGCAGUCAGUUUCAGCAGAGUUUUCAGUUUUUUCAAGUGCGGUUCCGUCGGUUUCAACUCACUAAAAAAUAUAUACAACUACUCGCAAUAUGAAGAAGUUUUUCGUGGUGUUUGUGGCAUUAUUCGGAGCCGCUGUGGCCCAAAGUAGCUUUAAGUGUCCCGAUGACUUUGGAUUCUAUCCUCACGAUGCGUCCUGCGACAAGUACUGGAAGUGCGACAAUGGCGUCUCCGAGCUGAAGACCUGCGGCAACGGUCUGGCCUUCGAUGCCACAGACUCCAAAUACCUCACCGAGAACUGCGACUAUCUGCACAACGUGGAUUGCGGCGAUCGCACAGAGCUGGAACCCCCAAUCACCACCCCCCACUGCUCCCGCCUGUACGGCAUCUUCCCCGAUGAGAACAAGUGCGACGUGUUCUGGAACUGCUGGAACGGCGAGCCCUCCAGAUACCAGUGCUCCCCUGGACUGGCCUACGAUCGCGAUGCUCGCGUGUGCAUGUGGGCUGAUCAGGUGCCCGAGUGCAAGAACGAAGAGGUGGCCAACGGAUUCUCCUGCCCGGCAGCCGGUGAGCUGGCCAAUGCUGGAUCCUUCUCGCGCCACGCCCACCCCGAGGACUGCCGCAAGUACUACAUCUGCCUGGAGGGCGUGGCCCGCGAAUACGGCUGCCCCAUCGGCACAGUGUUCAAGAUUGGCGACAGUGAUGGCACUGGCAACUGCGAGGAUCCCGAGGAUGUUCCCGGAUGCGAGGACUACUACGGCGAUCUGGAUUUGAAGAGCAUCCGCAAGAGCGAGCUUCUAGCUGGAUUGAAUAGUGAAGGUCGCACUAAGGGCGCGCAAAAAACCAAAGCUGCCUCCUCCACCUCCUCAUAAACAUAACAACUACAACAAGAACCUACAACUUUAACAACAAUAACUAAAAACAACAGCAACUACAACUACAACAACAAUACAACAAGAUCAAUCAACUCAGAUUCCCAGUUCCCAUCCUGCCAAAUAUCCCCUCACAUCACAAAUCAAAAAAAAAAAGAAAAGAAAAGAAAAGAGAUAAUACUCAGCCUCAAAUCGAAAUUCGAAUCACAUCAAAAACUAUUUUCCUGCCAUUUUCUUACUUCUCAGUUGAAUUCUGUACUGUAUUUCUAAUUUAUGAAUCUAUAAAUCUCUCUCGUUUCGUCUGAGUCAAUCUGUUGCUAUCUCUUCAUGUUUCUGUUUUCAACAAGUAUAAAACAUAUCGAAAUUGCCACGAAAAUUUAGGCUCGAAGAAAAUGAAACAAAAUUUUGUAAACAAAAUAUAGAGAACAUCGAGGAAUGAAAGAAAUCGUUCAAUAUGAAGCGUAAAAUUUAGAGAUUUGUACAUUUAAGUGAUCCUUGUUUAUAAGCUUAUAAUUUUAUUUUAUACAUAAAAACGAAAAACAAAAAAAUAUAAACAAAAAAAACAAAA